AUGGAGAACGUGAGCGGGGCUCUGCUGCAGCUGGAGGGCCUGUCCCUGCCUCACUCCUCUGUCCUGCCUGUCUUCUGUUGUAUUCUGCUGUCUUAUGUCCUCAUGAUGCUGAUGAACCUGGGGAACAGUGUGUUGAUCCUGAAGGAGAGGAGCCUGCACCAGCCCAUGUACCUGUUGCUGUGUAACCUCUGUAUCAAUGACAUCAUCGGGGGCACGCACGUCAUCCCGCCGCUACUGUUCAAUAUGCUGCGAGCGCCGGAAGAGCACCUGAUUUCUUACAGCGCCUGUGUCACUCAGGCCUUCGUGUCGCAUUUAUUUGGGACCACCUCACACACCAUCCUGAUGAUCAUGGCGUUCGAUCGUUACGUGGCGAUCUGUAACCCGCUGCACUACUCCACCAUCAUGAGCGGCCGCAUGCUAGUGAAGCUAAUGGCAUUUGCGUGGGGUGUGGCCUUGGUACUGGUGAGCGUUCUGAUUGGUCUGUCGGUGCGUCUGUCACGUUGUCGCUCCGUGGUCACAAACCCGUACUGUGAUAAUGCGUCGCUCUUUAAACUGUCGUGUGAGAGUACCCUGAUCAACAACGUGUACGGGCUGCUCUUCACGGCGCUGCUGCUGAGCGCCUCCAUCGGCUCCACCCUCCUGACCUACCUCAGGAUCACUCUGGUGUGUCUGCGCAGACACAGCUCCAGUCUGAACCGCCGCGCCCUGCAGACCUGCUCCACCCACCUGCUGGUGUACCUGCUGCUGCUGCUGAGCGGAGUCGUGGUCAUCACUCUGCACCGCUUCCCCGAGUACACGCACCACAGGAAAAUGGCCGCUGUCAUCCUGUUUACGGGGCCCGGGAUGGUGAACCCCAUCAUCUAUGGAGUGCAGUGCAGGGACAUACGCUGUGCCUGGGCCCGGCACUGGGCCCGACUCUGGGCCCCAGUCUUCAGGAGGAAAUAA